ACGCAUUUUCUCGCGGUAUGUUGUGUAGUAUAAGAGGCAGGCUUGUGUCGGAUUGGGACAUACGGAUAGGAAUUGGACCGUGUGUUUGAACCGCCUUGCUGACUUCCCAGAAUGCACCAUUGACGAAAAUAAACUUUAUGCAGGAAUAAAUAAUUGUGGAUUUAGGAUUCAAUACUUUACAUCUGGAAUGGGAUUUAGAGACAGAUUGUUGAUCUUGUGCCGAUCCACCUCAUCUCUGUAUGAUGCUUCAUCGCUGUCAGCGAAAGAGGUGUACUACUGUGGUGUCGUCAGCAAAGGACAUCUCGGACGUAUCCGGAAGUAUCGCGAGAGUUCAGAAGAACUUGGCCACGUGCGACAACAUGGCGGCGUCCUAGAACUCGCGUGCGGUGUUUUAUUUUUACGCUUCGAGAAAUCGCUGUCUGAGUAAGGUUUGGUCCAUAUUUAAGUCAAACCCGGGCUGUGAGGAAUUAAAUAAUAUCUCUCGGUGUCGUCUGGAGUAAACAGAAGGAUCCACAAUGCAACACGACGAUGUAAUAUGGGACCUGAUCGGAAAUAAACUGUUUUGUUCUUAUAAAGUCAAAACAAAAACGAAGAAUUUCUGCCGGAAUGAGUACAACAUCACGGGUCUCUGCACCCGCCAGGGGUGUCCUCUGUCCAACAGUCAGUACGCCACCGUCAGAGAGGAAAAAGGUACUGAUGGAUCGCACUCGGGCUCAGCUUUUUAAUGAGAUAUAUCCGUUGAAACGACCGUGUGUUAGCUGUCUGUCUGGUCGGUGUUUCCUAUACAUGAAGGUGAUCGAGAGAGCGGCUUUUCCAGCACGCAUGUGGGAGAAGGUGAAGCUGAAUCAGAACUACGAGAAGGCCCUGCAGGAGAUCGACGAGAACCUCAUCUACUGGCCGCGCUUCAUACGGCACAAGUGCAAACAGCGGUUCACCAAAAUCACGCAGUACCUCAUCCGCAUCCGCAAGCUCACGUUGAAGAGACAGAGGAAACUUGUUCCACUUAGCAGGAAAGUAGAGAGGAGAGAAAGAAGGAGAGAGGAAAAAGCCCUGGUCGCUGCUCAGGUGGAGAACGCCAUCGAGAAAGAGCUGCUGGAGAGGUUAAAACAGGGCACGUACGGAGACAUCUACAACUUCCCCAUCCACGCCUUCGAUAAAGCUAUAGAGAAACAGGACGCAGAAAGUGAGACAGAAGAGGAGGAGGAGGAGGAAGAGGAAGAGGAGGAGGAGGAGGAGGGCGUAGGGAAGAGAGAAUUUGUCGCAGCAGACGAGUUUGAAGAAAGUGACAUUAGUGAUUUUGAGGAUAUGAACAACUUAAAUGCCAGCGAUGAUGAAGAGGAGGAGGAAGGGGGCUCGAGUGAAGAGGAGGAGGAAUCGGAAGAGGAAAUGGAGGAAGACGUUGAGGAAGAGUCCAGAGUCAGGUCGAAAGGAAAGACUCCGCUCAAAGGACCAGCGAGGAAGAAACGCGCGUACGUGGAGAUCGAAUACGAGCAAGAGACGGAACCGGCAGCCAAGAGCAAGACCUCGUAGAGACUCCACACCCACACCCACACCCACACACACACACUAUGGAUAGUUCAAUCUCUCCACACGAAUAAGCAAAGCAGAGUGACUUUGUGUUUCCGUGUGUGGAGACGAUUUAAAAGUGCAGCUGUUCAAAUCAAAAUCUGCAUUUUGUGUGUGUCGUGUUUUUUGUUCCUUCUAUUAAAACUUUUGUGCUUUUUAAACAA